UAGCCGUUUAUCAAAUUGAGAAUAUUAAAAGAACAAUAAAUACCUAAAUUACCCCUCACGGUGAGAAACACGCGCCAAUGGCAUUGGGAUUUUUAUUUUAUUUUAUUUACUUGCGUAUAUUUAGUUUUCAGUCGCCAGCCUAUUUACUGUCGCAACCUGGACACCCACAAGCUCGCGCAAAGCUCCAAAACCCCAAACGCAGUGCUCAAAAACCUCUCUCUCUAGAUCUGGUCGCAGAUUCUACGUCGGAAAUUGCAUGAUCGCCGGAAAUGGCUUCCGCCUGCGUCAACACCGUUGGGGUUUCCCCGGAGUUCCCAGCCUACGGGUGUUUCAAUCCUAGAGCUCCCUUUAAUGGCGGCGAAGAUGGUCGGAGCUCCGUAUCCGGACUGGAUACGGAGGUGCCGAAGAAGAAGGAAGAAGAAACACAAGAUGUCGCCGGAGAUUUCGAGUUCCAGCUUGAGGAUCCGGUGACGAUGCUUCCCGCCGAUGAGUUGUUCUCCGACGGGAAGCUCGUGCCAUUGCAGCUUCCCACGUCGUGCUCGAACCAGCUGCAGCAGCAGCCGUCAGAUUCGACGACGUUGCCGGAGAAUGGGAAAUGCCAGAGGAUGGAGAUCUCCGGCACGGAUCAUUGCUUGUUUUCCCCGAAGGCGCCUCGGUGCUCGAGCAGGUGGAGAGAGAUUCUAGGGCUGAAGCGAUUCUCUCAGAACAGCAAAACGACGUCGUCGUAUCCUUCGAAUCCGAGAUCAUCCUCGUCGUCUCUGAAGCAAUUCCUUCACCGGAGCUCCAGAUCUUCCUCCGGCUCCUCCUCCGAGUACGGUUCGUCUCUCGGUCUCCCUCUGCUGAAGGAUUCUGAUUGUGAAUCUCUCUCCGUUUCCUCGUCGCGUCUCUCCCUAUCGUCUUCCUCCUCCGGCCCCGAGCACGAAGACCUCCCAAGGCUAUCUCUCGAUUCGGAGAGGCCGAAUCAUCACCAACUGAACAUGGAUCCGAAUCCGUUUGCUCCGGCUCGAAGCCUAUACCCGAAUCCACCGCGAAUGAGGCUGGUCAAGGCUCGAGACGGUAAUAACGCCGCGACCGGAACAGGAAGAGUGGGUCGGAGCCCGAUGCGGAGUUCGAGAACAGUGAUAAGCAGAGGACUGUCCGUGGACAGCCCACGGCUAAACUCCUCGGGCAAGAUUGUGUUUCAGAGCUUGGAGCGGAGCUCAAGCAGCCCAAGUAGCUUCAAUGGCGGAACGAGCGGGUAUAGACACAGAUCUUCAAUGGAGAGAUCGUACAGCGCAAACGUGAGAGUGGCCCCGGUUCUAAACGUCCCCGUCUGCUCCCUCGUCGGCCAGUUCUUCUCAUCCUCUUUGUCGUCUUCUUCAUCUUCCUCGUUGCAGAAUCAUCACAGAAAUGGCGGAAACAUCAGAGGAUCGUCUCAUCACCAUCAUCAGUAUGGGAUUGUUAAGAGUCGUAACUCCACAGAUCGAAUCUAACUGCAGAGAAUCAUGCAUCGUAACCAAUCGAAAGACCCGGUAACAGUUUCUUGACGCUAAUCUCCGAAUUUGCUUUUUAGAUUCCCAGAUUUGUAAAUACAGAAUCAAAACCCUUUUGUAAGAAAAAAGCCUUAGAGAGGAAGAUCAAGAGUAGUUAGAAAGCUAGGGUUUUUUUUCUUAGGGUUCGUUCUUUUCCGCGACUGAAAGACGGAGGAAUCUGAAAUCUCUCCUGCGUUGUGAUAGCGAGUGGGGUUCACACGCAUGAGGAGAGCGCGUGAGGUGUAGAACAAAUUCUUUCUAUUGGUUCUUCCCACGUUUAAAGCUUUAUCCAAUCCGUCUCUUUCAUGUGAAUUUUCAUUUUUUUUUGUAUUUUUUAAACCAAAUAUCCUUUUGAGGGACUUUUGUCGUUUAGUGAGUUCUAUGAAACGAUGCCGUAUUUAAUA